GUCGAGGCGACUCGGAGGGAUUGACGGGCAUAUUUGACUCUCUCGCCCGUCGUCUGUCUUCGUGACGAAGCUGAGGAAGUCUCUCUCCACAACGCAUGCUUCCUGUGUUUCCAGGAAAUUGGACUGCAGCGAGAGAAUCCGGGGGAAAGUUCAGUUGCAUGCGCGGCGCGUUCCUCGCUGGUGGGUCUCCUGUCGAGUCAAGCUGGACAGCUGCGCGUCGUCUCCUUUGACAAAUUUUUUUCGAGACCUCAAACAGAGGCAUUUGUUUCCAGGGGUUCGUGAGUUUUGCUUUGAAUCUAGCCAGCUUCUUUGACGAGACAAAUUCUCGCGUCUCUCUUUUUUGCCAUCACUCCCGCUGGUUUCCUUUCCAUCUUUGAGAGACCUUCUGCCUCGCUCUCGCUGGGCAUGUUAACAGAUUGUUCGGACCUUCUUGCGUGCCGGUGUUUUCCAAAUUUAGUUCUCGUCCAUCCGUUCGUUUCUCACAGUCUUCCUACUCUCCUUCCACCCCUCUCAACACCGUAAAUAUACUCUAAAUGUUCCUCAGCUUCGGUGUCUCCUGUUUCUCACUUAAGUGCUCGGCUUUCUCUUGAACGGGCAGGUCCUCUCUUGCUCCUUCUUCCAAUUUCUGCCCUCUCAACCUAUCUCUCUUUUCACCAUGGAACACACUUCCUCUCCUUCUUCUUCCACUCCUUCUUCUUCCUCUCCUUCUUCUUCCACUCCUUCUUCUUCCUCUCCUUCUUCUUCCACUCCUUCUUCUUCCACUCCUUCUUCUUCCACUCCUUCUUCUUCCUCUCCUUCUUCUUCCACUCCUUCUUCUUCCUCUCCUUCUUCUUCUCUGUCUUCGGACCGGUGUGCGUCAGAGGCUGGUGGGUGUGCGGAGGCAGAUUUGUUGUCGUUUUUUCCAGCUACGCGGCCGGAGUUUGUGUGCCGAGCUGGUGAGGUGGCGGCAGUUCGUCGCGAAGACUUUGAAAAUGCUCACCGCGCGCGACAUCUGCUUUCUUUCCAGCGCAGCAUGCAGGAGUGGGGUGAGUUCGACCCCGACGCGCGAAACGGCGUCGCGCCUUCCACCGCCGUGGACUUCACUCGGCGCCUGCUGGAGAGAAAUCCCAGAACCACAGCCGAGUUCAACCAGUGCUGCGCAGAGCUGCGAAAGCUCUUCCGAACUGCGCCGUCCAAGGCGCAAAUCAUCGCCGCCUACGAGACGCUCACCCGAACCGAGGACGGUCCCCCCUUGCACACACAGGAGCAGACGACGGAGGCAGCGAAACAGGCGGAGACGGAGACCAAGUCGUGUGAAACGGGGAAGCAUCUCGACUCUGGAGAGGCAGCGCCGUCGCACUCCGCCUUUGGGGCGGCCUCUUCUGUCGAAGCCGCGGCGGUCUCUGCGCAGGCGUCGUCUGCGUCCUCCGCCAGUUCGUCUCUUUCGCCGGGAGUGCAGCGGAACCGCGUACUGGAGAACCUCAUGCGCCGGAAGGCGAUCCGGACGAACAGUGGGGUGCUGGUGAUCACAGUUCUGACGUCGCCUGGAAAGUUCUCUUGCCCUCACAACUGCCAUUACUGCCCCAACGAGCCUGGCCAACCGCGCUCGUACCUCAGCACGGAGCCAGCUGUUCUGCGAGCGAACCAGAACGCCUGGGAUGCAGUGCGGCAGUUCCACGACCGCGCCUCCACUCUGCAAGGCAAUGGACAUACCGUAGACAAAAUCGAAGUCCUCGUCCUCGGUGGCACCUGGAGCGGAUACCCCAGUGACUAUCAGGAGGAAUUUAUUCGCGACCUCUUCUACGCGGCGAAUGUGUUCAAUUCGCCGCCGCCGUUGAGACCCAAGCUUCCUCUAGAAGAGGAACAAACGGCGAAUGAGAAUGCAGAGUGCCGUAUCAUUGGCUUGACCCUUGAGACUCGGCCGGACUUCAUCAACCGUUUCGAGAUUCGCAAGUUGCGUCGCUUCGGGUGUACUCGCGUGCAGCUGGGGUUGCAGCAUGUGGAGAACGACGUAUUGAAUUUCAUCAAUCGAGGCUGCCAACGUCAAGACGCAGUCAAGGCGAUUCGUCUGCUGAAAGACGCUGGCUACAAAGUGGACAUCCACAUCAUGCCCGACCUUCCGAGCAGCACUGUAGAACGCGAUCUGCGCAUGUUCUUCUACCUUCUGGGCUCCUCCGAUCUUCAGGCUGACCAGUGGAAGCUGUACCCCUGUGAAGUGACGCCCUUUUCAGAAAUCGAGCGGUGGUACAGCGAAGGGCGCUUUGUGCCCUAUGCGGAGAAGGACGGAGGCAAGGAACUCGUGGAUCUGCUUCUUCGCGUAAAGGCCGCCGUCCACCCGUGGAUUCGCUUAAAUCGCGUCGUCCGUGAUAUUCCUAACCAGUCGAUCAUUGCUGGCAACAACAUCACGAAUCUCCGGCAACUGCUGACGUUGGAGCUGGAGAAGCGGGGUCUGACAUGCAAAUGCAUUCGCUGUCGGGAAGUCAAGGACUUGCCAAUCGACGUUCACGAGAAGGCGGUGUUGAAGGUUCGCGAGUAUCCUAGCAACGGCGGCCAGGAAUUGUUCUUGAGUUUCGAGACGGAGGACGAAUCGAUUAUCUUCGGAUUUCUUCGUCUUCGUCUGCGCUUGGAGGACCAACGACGAGGCAAGAAAGACGUCCCCUUCGCCUGUCUGGCUGGAGCGGCUCUUCUCCGUGAACUGCACGUAUACGGUUCUCUUGUUGCUCAUGGCGAAGACAAAGUCAAAGACGACUGCCGCCCCCAGCACGCGGGCUUGGGUCGACGCCUCAUGCAGGCAGCAGAACUUCUCGCGAUGAGCAGAGGAUUCUUCCGAAUGGUCGUCAUUGCCGGUGUCGGUACGCGGGAGUAUUACCGAAAGAAUGGGUACGAAUUGCGAGAAACGUACAUGGUCAAGGAGUUAGCACCGCCGCCGGUCGGGUCUUCCUCACUACUGGGCAUGCCUCUGCCUCGUACCAUCACCGUUGUUCAAGUUCCUCUUCUCUCUGCUAGCGAGCUUUUGGUGGCGCCACUGCCGGCGCCCGUCGAGCGCGGGGGUGGUAAGAGCACAGAAAGACAGGAAAAAGCAAAGAGUAAAGCCCGUCAAAAGACCGCCGGCUACCCUGUGUCCUUUGGAGGAAAGGGGGAGUUCGCGGAAGGGAAACCGGGGAAGAAAAAGGAGAACGACAGCGGGAGCCGCGAAGGUGAGGACGGGCGCGGAGCCGCGGGAGAAGGUGCGUUCACGCGGGAGGUUUUGGAGAGGACUUUGCGGGACUCUUGCGAAAAAACAGGUUUUUCUGACGUUCUCGACGUGGAAAAGGUGGUGGAAGCCAUUCGAAAGGAGGCAGCAAAACGAGUGAAGCAGGACAGUUCUUCCGAAACGUAUUCCAGCUCAUCGGCAUACUGCGACCCGGACGCAUUCACGGAAUUCGCCACCGUGCUGUACCCCGAGGCCUGCGCACGAGUUGAGCAAAGUCUCGCGGUGGAACAGAAAAGCGGAACUGUGAAAAUUCGCAGAGCGCUGAAAAACUCUCUGCAGGCAGUUGGUGAAUGGUGGGCUGCAAUUCGCGGACAAUGGAAAUCCCCCUCGCUGGCGAACCCACUCUGGCUUGGGGUGGUGGGCUUGGGCGCCGCAGCGGUUGUUACUCUGUUCGCAUCCGUGGCUGUAAGAAGACGUAGGUGAGGUGAUGAGAAAGAACUAGUUCCGUCUGAAAUUUUUGGACGAGUUGUCAAAAAAAAUGCUG